AACAUUGAACAUAAUAUUACAGAGUAUAAAAGACUAAAAGAGUUAAGACUUAAAAAUUAGAUUCCCAUAAUGUACUAACUAAUACAUAAAAGUUAGCAUUCAGCUAUUGUUAUUUUAAUAAAAUUAAUUUUUCUAUUUGUAUAUGAACAAACCAUUGCAACUGUUAGUUACCCAAACGGAAUGGAUCGUGAAAAUGAGUUUUUAAAGAAAUAUAACAUUUUGAAAUGGGAUGAGUUCACUGAGCUGAACAAUGACCGUAUAUCAGUCAAUGAAAAAAUAACUAACAAGGUGAUCACCAAGCAUGAGUUGUUGUCGCAGUUUAGAGUAGAGUUGAGUUUGCUUAAUGCUUGUAAACACAAAAUCAAAGAUGAGUUGGAGAAGACUGAUGAUGUUAUCGAUACCCAAAUACUAGUCAGUUUGUGCAAACGCAUUACUUACUUGUUUGAUCAUAUGCAUAUAUUGUUUUCCAUCGAAGUGGAAUUGUUAUCUUGUUAUAUCAAUUUUUGUCUAGACAAYACAUUGUGUAUAAAUGCUGAGCAAUUAGAUAUUUUGUUGGAUGCUGUUUCGUGUACAGGAGAUAAUCAAACAAUUUGGAUACAACUAUUAAAGCUUCAUUUGAAAUUAAACAACUUAGAUAAGCUGAUGAAGGUUUUUCAUGAAGGUGUUCGUUUAUUAAAAAAUAAUUCACUACCUUUAUGGAAGAUAUUAAUUAGACAUUUGAAAAGAAGGCGUCCAGAUAUGGUUCAAACAAUACUUGAAGAAGGCUCAAUUAUAUCAUACGAAAAUAUUUCUAUGGAAAUCAGACCUAAAUAUUUAGAAUGGUGUAUAGAGUUUAAAGGCAUAGAUUUUACUCGUACCCAAUUCAUUAAACUAAUAUUGUUAAAGCCAGCAUGUUGUAAAUUGUAUUUAACAAUGAUAGCCAUUGAAUAUGAGGAAUCAGAUAUUGAUGUAGAAAUUAUAAGAAAAUUGUUUGAUGCUACAUGCACAUUGUUUGGCAGUGAUAACAUUAAAGUGUGGAUUGAAUAUAUUCGUUUUGAACAUAUUGACGGCUCYCAGAAAUUAAAAAGAAGUAUAUUUAAUAAAGCAUUAUGGAAACUAGAAACAAAUUUAAAGGAUAUUUUUAUGGAUGAAUAUAAUAAUCUUGAACGUGAAUUUCGGAGUGAUCUAGGUAAUGAAGUUAUAACCAUUGAUGAUUGAAAUAUAUAAACAGAUAUAUAUUAUAUUGUAUAUAAAAAAGUUGCAAAUCU